GGACAUGUCCCUUACGUCCAUGCCAAAUCUACGCCCUUGAAAUAUACUAUACCUUCUAUAACUAUAACUAUGAUUAUUUCUUAUCUAGACUUUAGACCUGGGAGCAGAAAUGCUUAUGAACUGUUUUUUAUUUAGGAAUAGGCAGAGCAUCCUCUUUUUGUCUGGCUCCAUGUCUCUGAUUACGAUGGACGGCAUUGAUCACGUGACUGUUGAGAAGACCUGAACCUCGACAGUUUCUGAAGCAGUGUUGAUUGUUUUGACACAUGUGCCGGAGCUUUGCCGUCAUUAUCCCGAGCAAACUGCCCCUGCCUUUUUCUUUCUUUCUCGCUCACAAACACACGGACGUGCCACAGUGCAGCCGUGCACGUUCCUCAUUGGUCCCAGGAAGCGAAAAACAGGUGACGCAACACGGAAGUAUCGGCAGCAGAGUCUUCGGGUUGUGGUGUGUUUAUCGAGGCUGUGUGUGUGAAGGCUCUUGGAGAAACGACGACGCGACAUGAAGGUGUUUUUUUCCGGUGUACUGCUGCUCCUGUGUGCGCGGCACACCGACAGCUGGGAUGACGGCAGUGUACUGCUGCGGGACAUCCAGGCACUGACUCUGUACAGGAACCGGUACACCACAGCCAGGCGCUCUAGCCCGAUCCCUCAGCUCAAGUGUGUUGGAGGGUCAGCGGGCUGCCACGCCUUCGUCCCAGAGGUGGUUCAGUGUGUGAAUAAAGGCUGGAAUGGAGUCGAUGUGCAGUGGGAGUGUAGGACUGACAUGGACAACACACAUCGAUUUGGUCACAUUGAGGUGAGCUGUGAGGGCUACAGUCACCCUGCUGAUGCCUACAUACUGAAAGGGUCUUGUGGGCUGGAGUACACACUGGAACUGACUGAAGAGGGCCAGAGGAGGUCUCACAGUAGUAGGGGUUCCCGCGGUGGGUUUAAAGAUCUCUGGGGAUUUGCCUCCAGUUUCUUUACUGGUUCAUCAGAAUAUGGGCAGCAGCAUGACCGUCAGAGCUCUUACACUGCAGGCACUCAGGACUCAGGAGGACUGCUGGUUGUUGCUGUGCUUCUGCUCUUAGCCUAUGGCAUCCAUAAACUGUUCCUAAGUGGGAACACCACUGGGGGGCAAGAUGGUGGACCAGCUACACAUUCUGGACACAAUUACCAUGGCUCCAUGGGUGGACCACCCCCACCAGGAUUCAAACCAGACUACACAGACUACCCUGGAGCCAACCCCAGUUAUGGUUUCCACAGUGAUUACACUCACAGACACCAGUACCCAGGAGGCCAGGCAGCUCCCGGCACAGGAGGUGGUUUCUGGACUGGAAUGGGAACAGGCGGGUUGCUUGGAUAUCUUUUUGGUGGUCGGAGGAGCCAGCCCUACAAUUCUAACUACUCCACUCACACUAACAGACCUGCCAGAGAACCUCCCUCUUCCGGGACACGCAUUACUUCAGGUUUUGGAGGAACCAAAAGAAGAUAGAAGCCCCCACACCCCCACACCCCCACACACACACACACUUUCUGCAGUGGACAGAAUAUGACUAAGUGCAUUGAUCUGUUUGCUGCUUGCAGGCUGUAAUCCUUUCUUCAAGCAGAGACGUCCAAACGUUACUGCUCGGUUGUGUGUUUCUUGGAGAGCUUGCUGUGGUUCAGUAGUUUCUGUCAGCGUGUGGUUUGGAUUUUAGCCUAAAAGUUUUACUGUCCAGCAUAAGAAGCUUGUAGGGCUUUAUUAAAACGAUAAUAAUGUUUCAUUGAUAAUUACUGGAUUUGGGGGUUUUUUGUAGGCAAGUUAAAUAUUUGAACUCUUUAACUGCAACCUUCUGCUCAAAUGUUUGUAUAUGUUACGGUGUUCCUCUGCUGAUGCACCUUUUCCCUUCCAGUAAAUGAAAUAUUAGAAUUGACAAAAUGGUUAAUAAAAUGGUGUGUACUGCUGCUCUCUGGCUUUGUGCAUCAGCUUAGAAAAAACCUUAGUCUUUAGACUCAUGGAGAAAAUCCACCUUUCAA